AUGAAUAACGUUCUGAAGGACGUUGUCUGGGAUACCAUUGAGAAUCUCCUGAAUCCAUGUCUCCAAGUCCUCCAGUGUGCGAGGUUUUGUCUUGUACACCACUUUUGUGUAACCUCACAGGUGCAAUAUAAAAAAAAUGGAGGUAAAUGUGGCGUAUGCGGAGAUCCAUAUGAUGGACCCCGUCCCAAUGAAGUAAAUGGAAAAUAUGCUACAGGAAUCAUUGUCCGAAAUUACACAGAAGGCCAACAAGUCGAAGUACAGGUUCAAUUGACAGCAAAUCACAAAGGCUGGUUCAUGUUUACAUUAUGUCCCAAGAAAAAAUAUUCUGACCCAGAACCUCUAGAAUGUUUUGAGUCUCAUCCCCUGCAAAUAGCUGGAAAGAAGAACAUGUACAAGUUUCCUAUUAAAGCUGAAAUGGGCUCAACAACAGUGAAAGUAAACCUUCAGUUACCUAAAGGACUUUCAUGUCCAUAUUGUGUGUUUCGGUGGAAAUACAAUGCUGGUAAUAGCUGGGGUGUUGAUUCCGUUACAAACAAGGGAUGCAUAGGAUGCGGUAACCAAGAACAAUUCUAUGGUUGUGCUGACGUCACCAUUUUCCAAGAUCCUAACAAACCAUCUUCAGCUUCAAAACUUACUUGGAAUAAACACUAUUUGUGGUUGGUUCUAACUGCUGCUCUUGUCACUGGUUCAGUUUAUUCUGCAGAUAUCUGAAAAAUAAACUAUUGCUGACUUUUUCAUGAACCACAUUCCAUAGACUUACAAAUAAUCACAACUUAAUCUUUACGUGUAUGGGCUGUAUGUGCAUGCGUAUGUAUGUAUGUAUGUAUGUAUGUAUGUAUGUAUGUAUGUGUGUAUGUAUCUAUAUAUAUAUAUAUAUAUAUAAUCAUAAAUAUAUAGGGAUUGACAGUAACCUGCUUCUCCAACAUACUGAGAAUUCAGAAAUAGCAGUCAAAGAACUACUGAUUUCAAAUUCCUCACGUGGUAUUGAUGUUCACAUGGUCAAAAUUAACGUGAGUUAUUUAGACAUUAACAAAUUUAUUAGAAUAUUUAGCUGAAGAUCAGAAUAGAGUAUUAUGUACUCUUAACUGUGAAACAA